AGCAAGGAGAAGGUGGUCAAGGCUGCCCUUCGCCACGGGUAAGCAGAUGGCCAAACUCUAUGUCAAAUCAAAAGAGAUGGCUGAGCUCAUAUCUUCUCAGCCAUGGAUAGAGGAAGCACUGAGCUCCCAAGAUGAGAUGAAGGAAGAAGACAGCAGACAAGCUCCAUAUGGGAUCCUUGCUGGCCUCAAUGAAGAGCAUGACAGCAUUGAGGAAGAAGAGGAGGAAGAAGAUGGUGGGAAGCCAAAGAGAAGGGGCCCCAAAAAGAAGAAGAUGACCAAGGCCAGACUGGAGCGGUUCAGAGCCCGCCGGGUCAAGGCCAAUGCUCGGGAGAGAACAAGGAUGCACGGGCUCAAUGAUGCUCUGGAUAACCUCAGGCGGGUGAUGCCCUGCUACUCUAAAACUCAAAAACUGUCCAAGAUUGAGACACUGAGGCUAGCCAGGAACUAUAUAUGGGCUUUGUCAGAGGUGCUGGAAAGUGGGGAGACUCCAGAAGGGAAAGGUUUUGUGGAGAUGCUGUGUAAAGGUUUGUCUCAACCAACCAGCAACUUGGUUGCUGGCUGUCUGCAGCUAGGGCCUCAAUCCCUGUUCCUGGAGAAACAUGAGGAGAAAGCCCCUGUUUCUGACUCAGCUGUGCCCAGCCACAGUUUUACCUACCAGUCUCCAGGACUUCCCAGUCCACCGUAUGGAAGCAUGGAGACACACCUUGUACACCUAAAGCCUCCCACUUUCAAAAGCCUGGUGGAUCCUUCCUUUGGCAACCAUCACCAAGACUGCACGUCUCCACCAUAUGAAGGUCCCCUGACACCCCCACUAAGCAUCAGUGGAAACUUUUCCCUAAAGCAAGAUGGGUCUCCAGACCUGGAAAAAUCAUACAGCUUCAUGGCCCACUACCCAUCUGUCAGCCUGGGUGGUACUCAUGGGACUCAUGGCCACACUUCUCAUUUCUCAACUGCAAUGCCCAGGUAUGACAUCCCAAUUGAUAUGACCUAUGACUCCUAUCCUCACCAUGUAGUUGGGGCCCAGCUCAAUGCAAUAUUCAGUGAAUAA